AUGUCAAAAGAAGCUAGCUUGAUUGAGAUAAGGAGCAAGAUUCUUGAGAAUGCCGGUGCUGAUGAAGAAGAAGUGGCUGAUUUCGUUGUUAGCUUGUAUAAUGACUCGAGCUCUUUAAAUGAGUUCAAAUCGUCAUUAGAAGAAGUGGGUGCUGAGUUUGCCUCUGAUUUCAUUGAAGCUAUUUAUUUAGACUUGAACGUUUGCUUUGGGAAGAAUCAGUCUAUAAUCAAGAAAGAAGAUCAUGAACCUGUGAUACCGAAGAAAGAAGAUGAUCCUACACCUAAUCAUAUAUUAUCUCUACCCAAUGAUUAUAACAGUAUAAAGAAAGAAGAAGAUUAUGAUGGUGAAAAUUUAUUACAUGAAUGGAAAGAUUUUAAAACUGAGGAUGAUGAUGACGUAAAGCUACCAACAAGAAAUAGAUCAAGAAGUCCUUAUAGAGAUGAACGUAAACCAAAUUUUAGAGAUCGUGGUACACCACAAGAUGAAGAAGUAAUAAGAGACAAAAUCUAUAGUGGAAGAGUGAUGAAUAUAACAAACUUUGGUGCUUUCGUACGGCUAUAUGGCGUUAAGGGGGGAGUUGAUGGACUUGUACAUAUUUCAGCCAUUGAUAAAUCUAGAAUAAACCAUCCAUCUGAUAUCUUGAAAAGAGAUCAGGAAGUUUAUGUUAAAGUCGUAAAAGUUGAAGGCAAUAGAAUUGGAUUGUCAAUGAAAGAUGUUGAUCAAUAUACUGGUGAAUCAAUUCAGAUAUAUCAAAAUGAUAGAAGAGGAAGAGAAUUACAUGUUACUACAACAUCAAAUUCCAAGAGAAGAUUAACAUCCCCAGAAAAAUGGGAAAUUCGUCAAUUAAUUGCUGCAGGUGCUGUCUCUGCUAAAGAUUAUCCUGAUUUAGAUAAAGAAGAUCAUGAAUUGGAAGAUGAAGAGGAUGAUGGAAAUCAAGCAGCUCAAGAUAUUGAUGUGGAAUUGAAACAUUCAGUACCACCAUUUUUAGCUGGUAUGAAUAUUGAAACUGAAAAACUUGCACCUGCAAAAGUUGUUAAAUUACCUGAAGGUUCAUUAAAUAGAGCCGCUAUGAGUGGAUCUGCUUUAGCUAAGGAAAGAAGAGAACAAAAAAUAAAAGAAAUGAAAGAGAAAAGAGAACAACAACUCAAAGAUAAAGCUAAUAAAGCCACAAAUAACGAUGAUCCACUCACUCAAGAUCAAGUACCAGAUGAAGAAAAAUCCAGUGAUUACGUUCCAAAGAGGGAUAAAAACGUUUCUUAUGGUAAGAGAACAGACCUCAGUAUGAAAGAACAAAGAGAAUCAUUACCAGUAUUCAAGAUGAGAUCUACAUUAAUGAAAGCUGUUAGUGAUAAUCAAUUCAUUGUUAUUGUUGGUGAAACAGGGUCAGGUAAAACAACACAAUUGACACAAUAUCUUUAUGAAGAUGGUUUUGCUAACAGAGGUGUUAUUGGAUGUACCCAACCACGUCGUGUUGCCGCACAAUCUGUUGCAAGAAGAGUUGCUGAUGAAGUUGGUUGUCGUGUAGGUCAAGAAGUCGGUUACACGGUUAGAUUUGAUGAUUUGAGUUCUCCAAAGACUAAAAUUAAGUAUAUGACUGAUGGUAUGCUACAGCGUGAAGCACUGAUAGAUCCAGAUAUGAGUAAUUAUUCAGUGAUUAUGUUGGAUGAAGCGCAUGAAAGAACUAUAGCUACUGAUGUUCUUUUUGCUCUUUUGAAAGAAGCUGCUUCAAGACGACCAGAUCUUAAAAUCAUUGUCACAUCUGCUACAUUAGAUGCUGGUAAAUUUUCUGGCUACUUUAAUAACUGUCCAAUUGUUGAAAUCCCUGGUAGAACAUAUCCUGUUGAGAUUUUAUAUACUAAAGAACCAGAACUGGAUUAUUUGGCAGCUGCUUUAGAUUCUGUUGUUCAAAUUCAUAUAUCUGAACCUGAAGGUGACAUUUUAGUGUUCUUAACUGGCCAAGAAGAGAUUGAAACUUCUGUUCAAGUAUUGAAUGAAAAAAUGAAAGCAUUGGGAUCAUCAAUUCCGGAAUUAAUUGUUUUACCAGUUUAUUCUGCAUUACCUUCUGAAACACAAUCAAGAAUUUUUGAACCAACACCAAAAGGUUCAAGAAAAGUCAUAUUGGCUACAAACAUUGCAGAAACUUCAUUAACUAUUGAUGGUAUUUAUUAUGUUAUUGAUCCUGGAUUUUCUAAAAUCAAUGCAUAUGAUCCAAAAUUAGGUAUGGAUUCUUUAACAGUUCGUCCAAUUUCACAAGCACAAGCAAAUCAAAGAGCUGGUAGAGCUGGUAGAACGGGACCUGGUAAAUGUUUUAGAUUAUAUACAGAAUUAGCAUAUCAAAAUGAAAUGUUACCAAAUACAAUUCCAGAAAUUCAAAGACAAAAUUUGAGUAAUGUUAUUUUAAUGUUGAAAGCUAUUGGUAUUAAUGAUUUAUUAAAUUUCCAAUUCAUGGAUCCCCCAUCAACAGAUUCUAUUUUAUUAUCUUUGAAUGAGUUAUAUUAUUUGAAAGCUGUGGAUGAAGAAUCAAGAAUCACAACCAUAGGUAGAAAUUUAGUGAAUAUACCUGCAGAUCCAACUAUUUCCAAGACUUUGAUUGAAUCAAUACAUUAUAAAUGUUCAGAUGAAAUGAUUACGAUUUUUGCUGUGUUAUCAACUCCAAAUAUUUUCAAUAGACCUAAACAACAACAAGAAUUAGCAGAUAAGAAGAAGGCAAGAUUCCAUCAUCCUCAUGGGGAUCAUUUAACGUAUUUAAAUGUUUAUAAUGCAUGGGUUAAUAAUGAUUAUUCAAAACAGUGGUGUCAAGAAAAUUUUAUUCAAGAAAGAUCAUUGAAAAGAGCACAAGAUGUUAGAAAUCAAUUAAUUCAAAUUUUUAAAAGAUUUAAAUAUCCAAUAAUAAGUUGUGGAGCAAAUACGAAUUCUGUUAGAAAAGCAUUAUGUUCUGGAUUUUUCAAAAAUGUUGCUAAAAGAGAUCAACAAGAAGGUUAUAAAACUCUUGCCGAAGAAACUCAAGUUUAUAUUCAUCCAUCAAGUUGUGUUAGAAAUAAUCCACAAUAUGUUGUUUAUAAUUCGAUUUUGAAUACUACAAAGGAAUAUCUAGUUCAUGUUACACAAAUUGAACCAAAAUGGCUUGUUGAAGUUUCACCUGAAUUUUUUGAAGUUAAUACAAAUCCUGGACAAAACAAAAAAAGGGCAAAUGAAAAAAUUGUUCCAUUGUUCAAUAAAUUUACUAAAGAUCAAAAUGAAUGGAGAUUAUCACAAGGAAAAUCAGGUUCGGCUGAUUUGAAAAAAAGAUUUAGAGCAUGA